AUGCCCCCCAUAAACCUCCAACCCAAACUCCAGCACCCAGCACCUCCAACCAAAAACUCCAUCAUAUCGUAUCCCGCAGCAGGAGUUUUACUCGUACAUUUAAACAAACCCAAAGGUUUAAACUGCAUCAAUGCCGAAUUCACGCAAGAGCUCGAGAAAAUUUGGUUGUGGUUGGAUGAGGAACCGACGUUGUCGGUGGGAAUCAUCACGGGUACGGGUCGGGCGUUUUGUGCGGGGGCGGAUUUGAAAGAAUGGAACAAGCUCAAUACCAAAAACACACCCAAGGCGAUCAACGGAAUGGGAUUCGGGGCACUUUCGAGAAGGAGUGGGAAGAAACCGAUCAUUGCUGCAGUCAAUGGGAUAUGCUUCGGAGGGGGCUGUGAGAUGAUUGUCAAUUGCGAUUUAGUCGUAGCUGCGAACAAAGCAGUUUUCGCGCUGCCAGAAGUCAAAGUGGGAGUUGUGGCGGCUGCAGGGGCAUUACCGCGGAUUAUUCGCACGAUAGGAAAGCCGCGAGCAAUGGAGAUGGCGUUGACGGGGAGGCAAGUGUCGGCGAAAGAGGCGCUGGAGUGGGGAUUGAUUAAUAAAGUCGUGGGCGACGCGGACGGCGAGGUGGUGGAUGCUGCGGUGGAAUAUGCCAAGUUGAUUGCGGGAAAUAGUCCUGAUGCGGUGAUUGUGAGUCGAGAAGGCAUUAAGCUCGGAUGGGAGGGCAUGGGAGCGGAGGAUGCAACCAAGUAUGCUCUGGAGCAUUGGCAGCCCAAGCUACAGGCGGGAGAUAAUAUGGCCGAAGGGGUGAGGGCUUUUGUCGAGAAGCGGAAGCCGAGGUGGAAGCCGUCGAAGCUAUAGGUGAUUCUAUUGUCCUGUCAAUCCGUGCUUCGAACGCAGCUCACGGUGCUUUGAUACAUGAGAUGCCCGGUGUCGAGUUGCGGAUAUCAUAUAUCAUGAUAUAUAAAUAAUGAUCAGAAUGUCG